AUAUAAAAUACUUAUCCUAUUUCCUUUCGGCCGAAAUGCGGAGUGCACGUUUUAUCUAAUCUUUGACUUUCAAUGGGCUUAGUAUCUGAAAGUAUGUUAAUUUCAUCUUGUUUGUUAUCUGGCUUUAGUUUUUAAUGUCUUUCGAGACCUCCAUUGUGCCCCUCUUUCCCUUAUACGUCUUAGUAGAUAAAAACAACAUUAAUGGUUAUUACGAAUAUUUACAAGUGUGUGACAAAGUUCAUUUGGUGGACGUUGGAUAUAUUUAAUAUGUUAAAUGUCAUCACAACUUAUAGGAAAGCUAAAUAUGUCCAGUAUCAACUUGUCCCUAAGGCUUGCAGUGGGAGUGAUGAUGAAGAAGAAGAAAAAGAAGAAGUAGAAAUCGGGAUAAAUGGAAUGACAUGUAAUUCCUGCGUUAAGAACAUCGAGAGUAACAUUGGAGAUAAGCAUGGUGUCCAUUUUAUAAAGGUUAGCUUGGAAAAGAAGACUGGAACUAUAGUUUAUAAUCCGAGACAAACAUCACCAGAAAUUUUGAAAGAAGCUAUUGAAGAUAUGGGUUUCGAGGCGAACCUUCCUGUUAAAUAUAAAAAUGUAACUGUCAAUAUUGAAGGAAUGACUUGUCAAUCCUGCGUCCGGAACAUAGAAGGCAAUAUUUCUGAAAAAUUAGGAAUUAUAAGCAUCAAGGUUUCAUUAGAAAAUAAACAAGGUUAUGUUACGUAUGAUCCUUUGCAAAUUGAUUCGCAUGCUAUAUGUGAGGCUAUCGAGGAUAUGGGCUUUGAUGCAAGUUUAGCUUUGAUCAGCGACCAACCAAACGAUUGUAGAAUAUCUGUUGAAGGAAUGACAUGUAACUCUUGUGUAAAUAAUAUCAAAGAAACAAUAUCAAAAAAGGAUGGUGUGCGGUCUAUAGAUGUUAGUUUAGAAAGGAAAGAAGCAACAGUUAGAUAUUUUCUGAAAAAAAUAACACCCGAAGCCAUUGCUACAGCCAUCUCUGAUAUGGGAUUUGAUACAUCACUCUUGGAAGUAAAUGGUCUGAAAUAUAAAGAAAAAAACAAAAAAGUAGUAGCAAAUAAUUUCAGUAAAAAUAACAACAUUCCUCAAGAUUCGGAAAAGUGUUUUUUACAUAUAAAAGGUAUGACCUGUGCAUCUUGUGUGGCAGCUAUUGAAAAACACUGUCACAGAAUUAGAGGUGUUCAUAGCAUCGUAAUUGCUCUGUUAGCGGCCCAAGCUGAAGUCAAAUAUGAUUCUAAUGUAAUAAGUCCUCAAGACAUAGCCAAUUCCAUAACUGAUUUAGGUUUCCCUUCUUCUGUUAUUGAUAAAGGAGGUUCUGGAGAUGGGCAAAUAGAAGUUAUGAUUGGAGGAAUGUCUUGUUCAUCUUGUGUUAACAAAAUCGAACAACGGGUAAAGAAAUUGAAAGGAGUUCUUUCAGCUUCUGUAGCUCUCACAACACAGAGGGGCAAAUUUACAUUUGAUCCGGGCGAAUUAGGACCCAGAGAUAUUCUCGAAACUAUUGAAAACUUGGGAUUUACAGCAAGCAUUCUUUCCAAUAAAGAUAAAGAAUCUAGGUCAUAUUUAGACCACAGAGAUGAUAUUAACAGAUGGAGGAGAUCAUUUAUUAUAUCUUUGAUAUUUGGUGGACCUUGCAUGAUUGCCAUGUUAUAUUUCAUGGCCGUUAUGUCCCUCGAUCAUGAAGCUCAUAGCAAUAUGAUAUAUAUCUGUCCUGGUUUAUCUUUGGAAAACUUUAUUAUGUUCAUUCUGUCGACACCUGUUCAGUUUUUUGGUGGAUGGCAUCUCCACGCUGGAGCGUUAAAGGCAUUGAAGCACAGAACAACUAAUAUGGAUGUGUUAGUUUCCAUGGCGACUACUGUAUCUUGGGUAUAUUCUGUCAUUGUUCUUGCCGUAGCUAUGGCCUACCAACAUCGGUACAGCCCUCAGACAUUUUUUGAUACGCCUCCGAUGCUUUUUGUUUUUAUAUCACUUGGGCGUUGGUUGGAGAGUGUUACAAAGGGUAAAACUUCUGAAGCACUUUCAAAAUUACUAUCUUUGAAGGCGACUGAAGCACUGUUGGCCAAAGUUGGUCCAAAUCUGGAAAUUCUUCAAGAAAAAACUAUCCCUAUCGAUUUGGUGCAACGUGGAGAUGUGCUUAAGGUUCUACCCGGCUCAAAAGUUCCUGUGGAUGGGAAAGUUAUUUAUGGGAACUCCACCUGUGAUGAAUCUCUUAUUACAGGAGAAUCAAUGCCUGUACAAAAGAAAGAAGGUAGCUUUUUGAUUGGUGGUUCAAUAAAUCAAAAUGGACUAAUUUUAAUGUCUGCAACACAUACCGGCGAAGCUACAACAUUAGCACAGAUAGUUAAACUUGUUGAGGAAGCUCAGACCAGUAAAGCUCCCAUUCAGCAACUCGCUGACAAAAUUGCUGGGUUUUUUGUACCGGUUGUAAUAUUCAUUUCAACUGUAACAAUAGUCAUCUGGGUGACUAUUGGUUACUGCGACAUAAGCUAUCUUCCAUUUACCGAACAAGAUAAACAAAAUUAUGACGAGUAUGAGCUUAUAUGGCAGUUUGCGUUCCGUUGUGCGCUAAGCGUACUUGCGAUAGCUUGCCCCUGCGCUUUGGGCUUAGCAACUCCAACUGCUGUGAUGGUCGGUACUGGUGUUGGUGCUCUCAAUGGUAUACUCAUUAAAGGAGCUGAAACUUUAGAAAAUGCCCACAAGGUGAAAUGUGUUGUUUUGGACAAAACAGGAACCGUAACAUAUGGAACUCCCAUGGUAAAUAAAAUUAGUCUUUUUGUGUCACGAUUUGAAUUUCCAUUGGAACAGUUGAUAUCUAUUAUCGGAACUGCAGAAUCUAACAGUGAACAUCCAAUAGCUUCAGCAAUCGUCAAAUUUGUAAAGAAUACAAUCAAUGGAGAAAUAAGCGGUAAAUGUGAUAAUUUUCAAGCUGUACCGGGUUGUGGUUUGAAGUGCUCUGUGUCCCAUCUUAAUCCAAUGAUUUCGGCUGCUUCAAUGAGUUCAAAGAUUAGGGACUUCCAUGACAUACCUCAUGAAAGUGCAACAUUCGAAUUAAACGGAGUAAUUGUGGAAUACGUCAACAGUCCAUCAACUGCAUCUCAGUCGCAACAAUAUGGAAAGCUUCUCAAUAUUGAUCAAAAUGAUUCUGUUGAGUCUUCCGAAUUUGAGGUGUUGAUUGGAAAUAGAGAAUGGAUGACUAGAAAUGGUAUUGCUAUUCCUUCUGUAGCUGAUUUCUUAAUGUCUUCUGAAGAAGAGUUAGGUCAUACAGCAAUCCUGUGUGCUGUUAAUGGAAUAUUAUCCAGUAUGUGGAGUGUAGCUGAUAAGGUAAAACCUGAAGCCCAUCUCGCUAUGUUCACUCUCAAAAGGAGGAAUCUCGACGUAAUAUUGCUUACUGGUGACAAUAGGAAAACUGCUUCUGCUAUAGCAAAACAGGUUGGAAUUCGUCAAGUUUUCGCUGAAGUGCUUCCAUCUCAUAAAGUAGCAAAAAUUCAGCAAUUGCAGAAUAAAGGGCUGAGCGUGGCAAUGGUAGGCGAUGGGGUCAACGACUCCCCCGCCCUCGCUCAAGCAGAUGUAGGUAUUGCUAUUUCAUCUGGAACGGAUGUCGCUGUAGCUGCAGCUGAUGUCGUCUUGAUGAGGAAUGAUCUGUUGGAUGUUAUCGCCUGCUUAGACUUAUCAAGAAAAACUGUUAAACGUAUUCGUGCCAAUUUCCUCUUUGCUAGCGUUUACAAUUUGAUUGGUAUCCCUAUGGCUGCUGGAGCCUUCAGUCAUUUUGGUUUAACGCUUGUGCCAUGGAUGUCUUCUGCUGCUAUGGCUUUAAGUUCGGUAUCAGUGGUCUGUUCUUCAUUGCUGCUUAAACUCUACCGUAAACCAACAAUCGAUGAACUCAUGACACCUGAAUACAGGCAAGUGAUAGCUGCCCAACAGGAAAUGGAAAAUAUUUCCCUUCAUCGAGGUAUCGAUGACAUUAAAAUACCUUCUCGUGUGCCAAGUACAGCUAGCAACUUAAGCUUAAGCAGGCUCUUCAAUAAAACCAAAGAGGUAGGUGAAGGGCGAUUGCUUUUCGCUGAUGAAGAAGAUCUUGAAAUCGUUGUGGGAUCAAUGAAAGAGAAUGAAAGGAACAGCUCAAUCGGUUGAGAAAUGAAUGAAAAUGAAAGAACCUGAAUUUUAAUAAUAUUCAUCUUGAAUUAUAUGAAGAACAUGAAAGCUAUAUAAUGCAGUAAGUAUAAUGCUGACUAUGUAUAAUCGUUUUUAUUUAUCAGUGCUUAUAUUGUACUGCUGGUUUUUGUUGCCAAAGUUAAUGUUACAUAUUUAUUUAUAUACUACAUGUUUUGUUAAACCUAACUUUAAAAAGAUAUUUAACAAAGUCAAUCAAAAUACCAUAAAAAUGGUGAAUCUCGCCAAUGAGUAAAUUUUAUUUGUGUAAUACACCCUUCUUUCCAAGAUAUAUAUUAGUCCUAAUUUUAGAGUUAGGUUAUGAAGUUGUUUUAUUAUUACCAUUGACACAUGUAGAAAGUUCCAAUUAUCAAAUAAUUAUAUUACUGGCCCGAAUAUGUAUAUAAGAUGUAUAAUGAAUGUUCAAGAAAAGAUUUUAGAUUUGAAUUUCCUGUUUUAUUUCUGUUACAUUUUUAAAGCUGCUUUAUUUUUUAAUGGAAAAAAAUGUAUAUUUAUAUCGUUGUGAAACAACUGUGAUCCUCUUCUGUUUGUAAUACCCAUAAAAUCUCUUUUAUUGUUUUGUAUAUUAUUUGUUCAGAGUACUUAUUACUUCACUGUAAAUAUUCUUGUUGUAAGGUAAAUAAUAUUUAAGUUGUCCAUGUAUUUAAUAAAUAUUUAUUUGUCUUCCAUAUUACUUAAGAUAAAGAUUGAGUUUAUUUAUUUAAUUUUCAAUCUGUAUAAAUAUCAAUUUCUUAUCCUAUAAAAACAGUAAAUCUUAUUGAAUGAAUUAAAAUUAUAAUUUUUCUCCUCGUCAAUGACAUAUGCUUUUCUUGCCUGCCCGAUAUUCAAGAUUUUAGACAAAAGUAAUAGCAGGAAAAAAAAAUUAGUACUGUCUUCAUUUUCCAUUUCAAACUAACCUCUCCUGUUAUAUUUUUAUUAGAGCAUUUAAUUAUUUGUUUAACUUUAUGUAAAAUCUCUUUUAUAAAAUUAAUAUGUCACAGUAUGGCAUUGACAAUAUGAACAACUUAGGAUGGCAAGUCAUUAAUGAAAACAUGAAAAAAAAGGAAAUAAAAAGGAGAUGAAAAUUAAUCAUAUUUAAGUUUAAAUUACUGUAGUGUUGGAAUUAUUUUUUUUUUCUAGAAUGAAGAUUAUUUUCAUUUAAAAGUAAAGUUUAUAGGGCUUGUAAUUCAAUAGAGCUAAUUUGAUUAGAAAAUCUGUGAGCGUUGUCAAAUGGAAAACGUGAUUUGACAGAACUUCCUUGCGCCUUCGAAGUACCUGUUAUUAUUGAGGGAACAAAUGAGGCAUGGUAGAGUUAAAGCAGUGUUGACCACUGUCUUUCAAGAAAACUUAAGUUAAGAACCGAUUGCUUCGACCAGCAUUUGAGUAAUUACAUAUUUAUUAUGAAUUAGAUUUUAUUUAUUAAUUAAGAUAUAAUACGUUUAACAACUCCUGUAAUCACAUAUCAAUAAUAUCUUAACUAACUGAAUUAUUCUAUAAUGUUGAUAAGAUAGUAAAUCCCUUUAAUAAAGAGUUUAGAUAUUGGGUUUAAUAGUUUGUUCUACUUUAAGGGAGAAAAUUUAUAUUUUUUAAUUUUAUAUUCAAGUGAGUUCAUAUAAUCAAUGUCCUGCUGUUAAUAAUUGAAGAAAAAAAAUUGAUUUGUUUUGUUUUUUUAAUAAAAGAAACAAUUGAUUGUUGGUAUAUUAUAGUUCUUCUGUUGUGGUGUUUAUUACAGGCUAAAGGUUAAUGUUGAAAAAUAUUUCAAACCUUGUGAAAUUACAAGUUAUUAUUCGUUAUGCGAAUUUGUAAGUUACGGUAUUUAUGUUGCUGAGUUAUGUCCAAGUUGGAAAAUUUAAUUUUCACUUACCAUUAAUGUUUGUUAACAAGGCCUUUUAUAGGACCGAUUUAUUGAUGUGAUCAAACAUUCAAACAACUCAGAAUUACAAAUUGCAUUGAUCUGUUUAUUAUUUAAUCAUAGAAAACAUUUAUAUGGCUUUUAUUAUUAUUAUUACUUUUACCAUAAACAAUAUUACUGUGUUCACUUCAUCAAGUUUACUGGUUAAUAAUGAGUUUUUAUAUAAGAUAUUUAACAUUUGGCCUGUAGUAAAUAUUUCUAACUUUUUAUUGAACCGUUUAAUUAAAAAAUAAAUUACCUAUAUAGUUGAAGGCGGUGCCCUAAUGCUUCCUUCCUGAUUGUAAUUGAAUUAGUAAUAGUAAAUUGUCUUGCUAAUUAUUUUAUAAUAAAAUUCUUAAGUUUUGAUUAGCUUACCAAGUUCAAGGUAAAUAUAUGUUGAUAUCCGAUGCAUAUUCUCAAUAUCAAUGUUUGCUUUGCCAAUUUCAUCACAUAUAUAAUAAUCAUGUCCCCAUUUUAUCUUGUUAAUACCUCGACUGUUUAUUAAAAUUAAGUCCUCAUAAUUUCAUGUGAUAUAAAUAUUGUUUAAUUUGUUUUUUUGUUUAAAUAUAUUUUAAAAUUAAGUGUAUUUUUACAAAUAAAUAUGUAUUUUUACCAAGCUACAUCUCUUUUAUUCUUCUGUGCCAUUAUUGUCAUAUAAGUUGGAAUGAAAUUAUCAUUAGUUCAAAAAUUUAAAUGAGUCGACUUUCAAAAAUCAUUAAGUGAUGAAUCAAGAUAAUUCAAUAAUCAUUCGGAAAUAAAGUGAUGGA